UUGAUGACCGCGCAACAAUAACCGUCGGACGAGCGUGAAAUUAUUAACAUCGGAACGACUAGAGCGUCAGGUUCGCAUGCGUCGGUGAAUGGAGUGAGAAGCGAGAGUCCCCCGGCGCGUGCCCCCCUCCCCCUACACUCGGACGUGGGAACCCCCCCGCGGGCCGGUUCCCGGUGCCGGGGGAGGGGGCGUCGGCGUCUCGGCGCUGCUGACAGUUGUCCUGCGUCUGUAGUCUAGUGUUGUGGUGGUCUCCACGCCGAAAUGACGCCUACAGCUACGGUUCUUACGACUGGCAAGCGCUGCCUCAAGGUGCUGAAGUCGCUGACCAAUCUGAAGCGGAGGAUAGCCGCGGCCGUGCUCCACGAGAAGCCCACAAGGAAGCCGGUGAGAGUGACACAGCUGUCGCAGUGUCCGUACCACCUGAGCAUCACCUCCCUGGAUAAACAUCACGACAGUCACAGCAUAGACACGGUGAUGACGUGGCUGGACGAGGGAUCGCUACUGCAAGAGAUCUCGGACAACCGACUCAAUGAGAGGCUGGAGAUGGUGCAGGGGUCUACGUAGAGAUCGGCUCUUGUCCACGACGAGAUUGUGAUAAAGUACCCUGACAGGGUCGGAUCCCGAUAAGACACGAGGGACAGAAUCGAGUUAUUCAUGAGAUCUGCAUGUGUGUAAAUAGGAAUAGAUUAAGCAACAGAAAUUGCAUGUACAGUAGAUUUCAUUCAUAUAAAGGGUUUGGAAAAUCUGCCAUCUCCGAUCAGUCACUAACCUUAAAUAAAAAGAGUUUUUAAGUUGCAGACAAUGUUAAAAUUGGAAUAUGACUAACAAAAACCGUUAUUUAUUGGGAAGAGAACAACUGCAGGAUUCCGGUUUCUAUACUAACCCAAAACAUUAUCGUACUUAAUUCAACUACGGCUCUUUGGUCAAACAUGACUCAAGAUCUCCGAGUCUUGUUCUUUCUUUACCUAUCCCAAACUUACACUUCUUUCACCAAAAUCUUUUCAAAUGUGAUAUUAUUAAAUGAUAGUCUACAGAUGGGAUCUCAUAUCUAGUAUACUAUAAUCUAUUUUUCUAUCAUGAACUAAAAAAGACUAAUCUGCUGUUGACCUUCGCAGAAGCUUACAGGUAGAUCUGUGGCUCUCUUAAUGAGAGGUUACAGGUUAAAUUCUUAGUGAGGUCAAUAAAGAAACUUUGAAAAUGCUUUUGGAGCCGUGGUUUGGACCGUAGCAUCUUAAAAAUGUCUAGUAUAAUCAAUAGAAUGCUAUUGGCUUGGAAAGAACCCCUAAUAAAAAUAAAAAUCAACAAAUUGUGGAUGAGAACAUUAUUAACUUCAUCAAAUAUAAAACAUACACCUGAGCCAUUUAUAGUUAAUUUUAAAUCAAAGCAUCAAUGAAGUUCAAUUAGAAUCAUAAUCAUAGCUUGUUCAUAACACAAAUUUCAGGAAGCAAUACAAUGGUAAAAUCAGAGAAAAAAAAAUCAUUCAACAUUCUUUAUAAAUAAAAAACUACUAAUCCGUAAUAUUUUGGUUACAGUGUGUAUUUUAUUUUUUGUGGAGAUUUUCUGUUAUUACAACCGAAAAAUAUAAAUAGUAUUUCACAUUUUGUAAAAGAUGUCUUGUAAAAUUAACUAUUGCCAUUUGAAUAAGAUAGUGCUCAAAUUUUAAAAUUAUAUAUGUAAAACAGAAAUGUAUACAAAUGUAGGAUUACAAGAAUUUAAACUUCUUCAUAUCUUUCCGUUUAUCGUAUUUUCAGAAAAAUAAUACCUAUGUCUAUAUAAGGAUCUCAAUAAAUUAAAAUAUUUUGUUCAUUUUAAUUGAACUUAAUUAUGAUUACAAUUGAAAUCAGUCAUAAUUUUAAAGUUUCCAACAUCUUUAUUUAACAACUAACCAUCAUGUUAAACAAGUAUAAUAUUCAGAACAUGUAUACUCCGUAUUUUUUGUUCAAAAGUUCCUAAUAUUGUAAAUACUGUUCGAGUUAAUUGUAAUAUAUGUAUAUAUAAAACUAUAUGUAGUUUAUUUAUUUUGUAUAAUGUCAAGAUGUAAAUAAAUUAAUGGAGGUGACAAUAAUUAUGGAUUAAAUACAAGACAUUGAAGUUUUCGCACAUGAUAUACAUAAUGGUGUUACAUCUGUACACUGUUUAUUAAACCACAGCAAGCAAUAAUUACUUAACUAAUGAAUGUCAUUGUUUAUUGUAUAGUAUAGAUUUGGUGUACAAUAAUUAUUGUUAGGUUAUCGGCAUGUAAGCACUCAUUUUAUUUUAAUUCAUGAAGUCAUUACUUAUCUAUUGUACUAUAUUAUUUUCUUAAACUGUUAUUGUGAUAAAUCAUAAGUACAUUUUAUUUUAUGUAAUUAGAGUAUAAUUUUGUGUUCGGUUUACAUUAAUUCCUAUUUCUAUACGUUGGGGGUACAACAUAUGUAAACCUACUAUAGUACUACAACAUAUUUAUUGUUUUUAGAUUAUUUUGUGUCAAUACUGUGAUUUAAGUGGUUGUGAAAACAUUUGUAAAUUUGAUCGGAUAUGGCUUGAGAAUCAAUAAUACCAUACUACUGUGAAAUUAACAUCCGAGCAUAAUAUCCCACAGUAUAAAUUUAUAUGAUAAAAGCAAAAAUCAUUAUAAAUUAUUUUGCACUUAACUUUUUAAACAAAUUCUACCAUAAAAAGUAAACAAUAUAAAUUAUAAUUGCACUCGUACAUGUUAAUGUAAUUUUUCAAGCCAUAUUGACAAAUUCACUUUACUAUGCUCAAUUAUUCUUCAGAUAAACAAUGUUUUCCUCUUCCAUCCAGACCUACCAACCAAUGAAUUUGGUGUGAAAUUUAAAUAUCUAAUCAUUAUAAGAGAAUGUGUUAGCAAACAUAAUAUUUUACUGUCUGCAACCAAACUAUUUCAAAUUUUUGAACCAAUUUAUUUGCUUAUAACGAAUUAAAUCUUGUAAGGUUUCAAGAUUAUGGAGUUUCUGAAUCUUUAAAGAGUAGUGUAUGUCAAACCAUCAAUGUUGUACAAAUUAUUCAAAACUAAUAAUGUAUCUUCAGUUUCACAUGACAAACACAUGCCUGAAAUCUAAAUUUCUUGCCAGAAGAAAUUUAGUGUUUCAUUACUGACUUCACUUCAUGUUUGGGGCAAAUAAUUAUGGAGGACGUAUCAUUUUUUGAAUAUACGUUCCAAUGCUUCUUUUCUAUUUUUACUGGUUAUCCAAAAAAUCAAACCUUUUUGUACUUCAUAAUUUAUUCAAGUAUUUAAAAAUAAUUUGAUGUGGGGCAAAAUAAAAAGUCAUGGUAUUCUGCCUAUCCACUUCUAUGCAAUAAAAUUUCUCUGUUCUAGAAAUGCAAUGCUUAAGCCAGCACUGAAAUGCAUACAAUAAAAUAAUAUCUGCCAGUUGGUAGGUCUAAUUUUAUGAUUUUUUAAAUGCGCAACUAUUAUACUAGUCAAUGUUAUUUUCUUAUCAUAGUCUGUUUAUUAAUGUGUCAGUGAUCAAUUUAUUGAUCUAAGAUACUAAUUAAUUAAAAAGUAUACUUUGUUAUUAAUAAAGAUGAUGAAACAAGA